AUGGCGGCGACGACAAUGCGCGCGACGGCGGCGGGGGGCGUCCUCCUGCUAGCGCUGCUGCUGGUGUCGACGAACGUGGGAUGGGCCGAGGACCCGUACGUGUUCUUCGAGUGGCACGUGACGUACGGGACCAAGUCCCUUCUCGGCGUUCCCCAGAAGGUGAUCCUCAUCAACGGCGAGUUUCCCGGCCCCCGGAUCAACUGCUCGUCCAACAACAACAUCGUCGUCAACGUGUUCAACCAGCUGGACCAGCCGCUCCUCUUCACCUGGAACGGCAUCCAGCACCGCAAGAACUCGUGGCAGGACGGCAUGCCCGGCACCAACUGCCCCGUCGUCCCCGGCACCAACUACACCUUCAAGUGGCAGGCCAAGGACCAGAUCGGCAGCUUCUUCUACUUCCCCUCCAUCGGCAUGCAGCGCACCGUGGGAGGCUACGGCCUCAUCAGCGUCGUCAGCCGCCUCCUCAUCCCUGUCCCUUUCGACCCGCCCGCCGACGAUCUGCAGGUGCUCAUCGGCGACUGGUACAAUAAGGACCACACCGUCAUGGCAAGCCUCCUGGACGCCGGGAAAAGCCCGGGACGCCCCGCGGGCGUGCUCAUCAACGGCAGGGGCGGCAAGGACGCGGCCAACCCGCCCAUGUUCACCUUCGAGGCCGGCAAGACGUACCGCCUCCGCAUCUGCAACAUCGGGAUCAAGGCGUCGCUCAACUUCCGGAUCCAGGGACACGACAUGAGGCUGGUGGAGAUGGACGGCUCGCACACGGUGCAGGACUCGUUCGACUCGCUGGACGUGCACGUGGGCCACUGCCUCUCCGUGCUCGUCGACGCCGACCAGAAGCCCGCGGACUACCUCAUGGUGGCCUCCACCAGGUUCAUGGUCGAGGCCAGCUCCGCCUCCGCCGUCAUCCGCUACGCCGGCUCCAACACACCGCCGGCGCCCAACGUGCCCGAGCCGCCGGCCGGGUGGGCGUGGUCGCUCAACCAGUGGAGGUCCUUCCGGUGGAACCUGACGGCCAGCGCCGCGAGGCCCAACCCGCAGGGGUCGUACCACUACGGCCAGAUCAACAUCACCCGCACCAUCAAGCUCAUGGUCACCCGCGGCCACCUCGAGGGCAAGCUCAGGUACGGCUUCAACGGCGUGUCCCAUGUCGAUGCCGACACUCCCCUGAAGCUCGCCGAGUACUUCAACGUCAGCGACAAGGUGUUCAAGUACAACCAGAUGGGCGACUCACCCCCCGGCGUGAACGGGCCAAUGCACGUGGCUCCCAACGUCAUCACCGCCGAGUUCCGCACCUUCAUCGAGGUCGUCUUCGAGAACCCCGAGAAGAGCAUGGACUCCCUCCACAUCGACGGCUACGCCUUCUUCGCCGUCGGGAUGGGGCCGGGCAAGUGGUCGCCGGACCUGAGGAAGACGUACAACCUAUUGGACGCCGUGAGCAGGCACACCAUCCAGGUCUACCCGCGGUCGUGGUCGGCGGUGAUGCUCACCUUCGACAACGCCGGGAUGUGGAACGUCAGGUCCAACCUCUGGGAGAGGCACUACCUCGGGGAGCAGCUCUACAUCAGCGUCAUCUCGCCGGCGAGGUCGCUCCGCGACGAGUACAACAUGCCAGAGACCGCCCUGCGCUGCGGAAAGGUCGUCGGCCUGCCGCUGCCGCCGUCCUACCUGCCCGCCUGA